CAAGCGAAAAAGUCCAAUACUCCAUAUUUUCUUGUAUAUAAGUUUCAAACAAUUAAAGAAAUUCCAAAAAUAUGCAACAUAGCCAAAAUACAUAUUUUCUAACAUUUGUAUUUAAACAUGUUGUGUAACAUCACAUAUUAAAGUGAUUACUUUUUUUUAUAUUAAAUUUUCAGUAUUAGCCAAAGUUGACACAUACAUGGUGGGUGGUAAACACUUUUUAUAUAUUUUAAUAACAAUAUAAUAAAAAAUAUAACAAAAUCAUCUUUAACAAAUAAUUAAAUUCCAUAGAAAGAAAUAAUUCAAUAACAAUAAAAAGUAAUAAGAUAUUUAUGAAACAUUUAAUCAAUAAUUUGAAAACAAAAGGAUGUUACUGCAACUCAAUUUAAAAUCCUACUUCUAGCACAGGAAACAAAACUACUUCAAAACCGAUUAUCACAAAACUAUUAAUAAAUUAAUAUACAAUAUAUAUAACGGGCCGGGCCGGGUACCCAUUAUUUUUUAAUUUUGGAACCGGUCCGGUUCCUUAAAAAAAAUUACCCGACCCUACCCGGACCGUUUUAUGGAAACAAAAAAUGGAACCGGCCCGUUUUGGACCCGAACCGCCAUUACCCGGACCGGACCGCGGUUCCAAGACCCGUUUGCCCACCCCUAAUUGAGGGAAUCAAACAAGAUGGGGGAGAGGGGGGUCUACCACAUAAUCACGGUCCUCACCAACACAGUCUUUUGACUUUUUUCUUGUUUCUACCAAUCUUCUUCUCAGUGCGUAACCUUUUCUUCUUCGUCCUCUAGUCUAAACAAAAAUGGGAGCUGAACAUGAACAUCCUCCCACUACACUGCUUACCCUCUUCGAUUCUUUCUGGUUCGAAUACGAGAUUCUCACUUCAAAAAAUCCAGCCACAACAUUAUCAUCCAAGACCCAGGAAGACACAGUAAAUCCCAACAAUGAGCUUUCCAGAGCCCCCACAACUUUUAUUUCUGGAUCUUUCAGUGACAAAUGUUUGAGCUCCGAAAACCCCUCCAUGGAUGCAGAAGAACCCUCUCCCGAGUCCGUUCUUCUCGAGCCCAGGCCUCAGCUCCAACCCAUUCUUUCCGGCAAGGAAUUCUCCGAUCAGACGAGCAUCUCUAACAGUAGCAGCGGUGAUGAUGUGAGCUUCAGGAACAUUAAGAGUAGCCGCAGGAGGAUGAGAAGGAAGGAUACUGUUAAAAGGAACAGUAAGAGCUUAUCAGAUCUUGAGUUUAAGGAAGUAAAAGGGUUUAUGGAUCUAGGGUUUGUGUUCUCGGAUGUGGAUAGAGAUUCAGAUCUGCUGGUUUCAAUCAUCCCUGGACUGCAAAAGAGGGGGGUUUCUGAAUAUGGUGGAAUGAUUGCAGCAGAUGUUUCAAGGCCUUACCUUUCAGAAGCAUGGGAUGCUAUGGAAGAACAAAAGAGGGAUAAUGAUAAUAAUAGUAGUAGUCAGAGUCAAAUAGGGAGUUGGAGAAUUCCAUCUGCUUUUGGCAAUGAAAUGGAAAUGAAAAAUCAUCUUAAGUUCUGGGCUCAUGCUGUUGCCUCUAAUGUUAUAUAACACAGCUCAGCCCUGUUAUGUAUGUAAGCAUAGCAAUUCAACAAAGAGAUCAUAUGCCUGUAUUAUUUUUUACUUGUUUGUAUUACUUAGCCCUUCAAUUCCUUUAUGAAAACCAAAUCUUUGAAAUGAGUGUUAUUGCUCAAGUGUGCUGUCUUUCACUCUGCGUUUGCUAUUUUUUUGACCGGAGUGACUGCUGUUUUUAGCUUUUGCUAAUUAACAGGAGCCACUUUUCGUUAUGUAGUGAUUGAACUCUCAGUGUAUUUCGUCACUGAUCCCAUUGUUGCCUCGAGGAGCACAACAAGCGUGUUGCAUCGACAAAAUCGGAUAUGAACUCGCCAACUAAUAUGAUGGAGCAAUGGCUUGAAAAAGUAGAGUCAGAGCCCUCAGAGGGUUGGAUGAGGAACUGAGACAGUUGGAAAGAGGGAUGGAGGCUGCCAUGAAGGAGAAAGCUACAUGAGUUUCUAUGAUGAGAGGUUUCUUUCAGAACUCUAUUGUGCUAUUGAGUGUGAGGGGUAAUAUACCAGUAGAAGAGAGAAAAGUGAGGCUUUGUAUACUCCACCAUUGUUGGAGAAGAGGGUUGUAAUGCAGUGGUCAUAUGGAUUCUCUACCCAGGCCUUGAAUUGAUGCGGGUUCGAGAGAGAUUUUAAAGUGAUCCGAAGGAAUUGAUGCAGUGUCAACAAAUUUUUGGGCUCCGAUGUUUUGGUGGCUUGGUUUGAUGUUUCAUGAAUUGUUGCAGCAGGUGCCACCGGGAGUUUGUUGUUGCGAACCAUGUCCUUAACCAUGGCCUCCAAAGCAUUCCGGUCCGGGAGCUGGAGGUCGCUGGCGCCGUAGGCCAAUUCCAAGGCCGUGAUUCCCACCUGCCGAAUGUCAGCCGCCGGAGACGACUGCCACGGCUCAUCACCAUUAUUACUAUGGGAGGCAAUUUCUGGUGCAGCAGCCCACUGAGAGAUGGGGGGGUUCGUCUCCGUCGUGGUUGAGGCUGGCAGCAAAACCCAACACGAGGAGAGAGUAGUAACACGCAGGGAUGAUGCGGAACGGGGUUAUGAGAUAAAUGUGGCCAGCGCUGAUAUCUCCGUGCGGAAUGCGCUGCUUAUGAAGGAAGCGGAGAGCCUUGAGAAUUGAUCUGAGCACACAGAGAAUGAGAUCCUUCCGGCCCUGAAACCCGUCGCCGCCGCUUGUUCUCAUGAUGUUCCUCACAGAGCCAUGCCCAUAGUCAUGCAUCGGGACGACAGCGAAGGCUUCACAGAGCAUGCCCAUAGUCACAGACCCUCUUUUGUUCCUCCAUGCCCAUAAUCAUGAGAAGCGGUGAAUAUGGGCGGCAGGAUUCCCAACAAAUUGGGGUGAUCGCUUUCGACGCCCUGGCUUCUUCUGACUUCUUCCCUGAGGAUUGAGAUGGAUUGUGGAUUAUCACCCACUUUAACAGCACGCCAGAAUACUUUACUCGUUUUCACCAUUAGUUCCUGAAUCCGGGUCUGAGAUGCUGUUUUCAACCACGGCUGCUUUGUACACCGUGAGUAAAGUGAUUAGAGCCCGAAGGAAUGGGUAAAGUGUUCCGAAAACACAUAUCAUGAGAAUUGCGGGGACCUAUUCAUAUUCUGGUGAGAUUGGCUUUGAUACAAGAUGAAUAUAGAGAUAUCACCAUUGGCACUUUCAAGCCAGAACACUUUAUUCGUUUUCACCAUUAUCAGAUAAGGGGGUAUCUUUGAUAUAUUACCCCACCUAUUGUCUCCAUUUUACCCCCCACCUAUUGUUUGGCCACAAAUGGGGCAAUACAUUUAAGUGGGGCAACACUUUUAUAUGUGGUCUCAUUUGGACCGCACAAGGCGUGAGGUAAAAAUGGGGUACCUAUUGUUGUAUUGCAUGACUCUUUCAAAUAAGAAGCAUUGCCACUGAAAUUUUUCCAAGAUAUACUCCCUCCGUCCCUCAAUACUUUGUCAUAUUUGACUAGCACAAGAACUAAUAAACUAAAAACUGUGUGGUUGAGAUGUGUGCAGAGAAGAGAGAAAUAACAACCACAAAUUCAUUGAUUAGAAGGUAAAGUGGCAAAGUUUAGAACAUCCCAAAAAAGUAAGAUGACAAAGUUACAAGUGACGGAUGGAGUACAAAUCUACAAGUUGGAUUACUUUUUUGAACAGAAUUGACUGAAUUGUUGAACAUGAUUAUUGUACCUAUUCUUCAUAUAAUUUUGGGAAGGAGCAAAUAAGUCCUCGAAUUAAUCAAAAAAGUGCAAAUCACCCCUUAUAUAUGAUUCUCUGCCCGGCCGUCGUCGUUUGGGAAGGAUCCCGGUGGAAUUUUUUGAUGAUUUUUUUAGAAUCUUUUUCAUUAAAUCUAUUUUACCCAUACCAAAUUUCAGAUAAAAAU